CCGCUCCCGACGCCGCCGCCGCUGCCGCCUCCCCUCUGCCUCCCGGUGGCUCCUCGCUCUCCUUCCAUCUCUCUCGCCCCCUCUCCCUCCGUCCCGUCCUCUCCUCUCCCCUCACCCCGCCUCUCCCCCCCUCCCCCAGCCCCUCCUCUCCUCACCCCACCCGGCCUCCCUCCCUCCCUCCGCCCGCCCGGCGCUCGCAGAGCCGACACCAGGGGGGCUCUCGAUGUAGCACCAUGACAGGCAUCGCCGCCGCCUCCUUCUUCUCCAAUACCUGCCGAUUCGGGGGCUGCGGACUCCACUUCCCCACCCUGGCAGACCUCAUCGAGCACAUCGAGGACAACCACAUCGAUACAGAUCCACGUGUUUUAGAAAAACAAGAAUUACAGCAGCCAACCUAUGUUGCCCUCAGUUACAUUAAUAGAUUCAUGACGGAUGCUGCCCGCCGAGAGCAGGAGUCUCUGAAGAAGAAGAUCCAGCCGAAGCUCUCACUGACCCUGUCCAGCUCCGUGUCCCGAGGGAAUGUGUCCACCCCGCCACGCCACAGCAGCGGAAGCCUUACUCCCCCCGUGACCCCACCCAUCACCCCCUCCUCUUCAUUCCGCAGCAGCACUCCGACAGGCAGUGAGUACGACGAGGAGGAGGUAGACUAUGAGGAAUCUGACAGCGAUGAGUCCUGGACCACAGAGAGCGCCAUCAGCUCAGAAGCCAUCCUCAGUUCCAUGUGCAUGAAUGGAGGGGAAGAGAAGCCUUUUGCCUGCCCAGUUCCUGGAUGUAAAAAGAGAUACAAGAAUGUGAAUGGCAUAAAGUACCACGCUAAGAAUGGUCACAGAACACAGAUUCGUGUCCGCAAACCAUUCAAAUGUCGGUGUGGAAAGAGUUACAAGACCGCUCAGGGCCUGCGGCACCACACAAUCAAUUUUCACCCCCCGGUGUCGGCUGAGAUUAUCAGGAAGAUGCAGCAAUAACAUGCUGGUCAUAACUGUGCCAAGAAAUCCUCACCAGCAGUUGCUGAUUUUGAAAACAGCCACCUUUUUUUCAGGGGAAGCAUUCAGCAACCCUUUAAAGAAUUAAAUGCAUGCUUUAAAUUUUUCUGUAAUUUUGGAAUGACGUAUCUUUGUAGAGUUAAUGAUUUUGUACAUUUGCACAUGUAAUCAUCAUACCCAUUUUCAUUACUUUGAUAUAAGGUGCUAAACAAAAAAAGCUCUAGGUUCUUCAGCACAUUUCCCCCAAAACAAAAUAAAAUUGAGGGCAUGUUGCGUAUGUUUAGUUGUAUUGCAGUAAUAUCAAUUGGGGGGAGGAGGGGCUGGCACUGAGAUGUUUUUUCAAGAUUGUAAUGUGAUUGAAGUUUUUCAACACAUCAACUCACGUUCAAAACCAAAAUAAUACCUUCAUUAUCACACUGGUUACCAUGCCUUACAUAAUGGAGUUAGUAUUUGUGAGUAGAAAGACUUUAGGUAAUGGAAUUAUAAAUAAGAAUGUUUAACAUAAUAUGCUAAAAAUAUUUUCAUAUUUAAAUAACAUGCAUAAAAGGUGUGCUUUCUGUGUUUUAUAUUUCACAAAUCCUUUUGCUCUUUAAAAAGCUGAAAAUCUUGCCAUCUGACUUAUCAUUUUAGUGUUAUAAAUGGCAUUUUUGUACAAAAUAUUCAGUUCACUCAUUAACACAUUUGUUGAGUGCCUGCUGGGUGCAAGGGAUUCAAAUACCAAUUGUUAACUUGUGGACCAAGAUACCAAUUUAGUAAAGUACUUUCCCCCUGAAAUCUGUUAAGAAACAAGUGCAAAUUUUGUGCAUAUGAAAUUCAGUUAUAGCUUCACCUUCCAAUGAAGUUUUAAAGCACUUUGUAGUUCUCUAUUGCCAACAGUUUAAUGUUUAUGUGUUGCCAAUUCUUGCAACCACUGCCCUAAGAAACCUGUGGGUUGCAAAUCAGAAUUAAAACUCUAAGCACGUUUCAAAGAGAAACAUUUUUGUUAAGACCCUUAUUGCCUCCUUUUCAUGUUGUGUUUUGAGACUUAUUUUAAAGGCACUUUUCCCAUCACAUUGUAGAUGUGUGCAUUAUCAUUGGAAAUGUCUGUUUAGCUUUAUAAAACAUUUUGCCGAAAUAUGAAAAUGAGCCUUAUUGAUGAUUAAGUGCUUCUUGCAGCAGGUGGUCAAAGAACAGUGUGACUAAUAUGACCCAUCAGAGUGACCCACAUCUGGACUAUUACUGAAGUUUCUCUCACCGACAGUACCAUCAUGCCUUGAGUGUUCUUUUCUCCCAAGUGCUAUUCCUUAAACCCAAGAGUUUACCAGUUGCCUAAUUAUGCAAUAAAAAUUGUUUCGAGACAGCUAACUACCCACAUACAAACUGGUGAAAAGCAAAUUCAAAUCCCUCAUAAAAUAACUUUCUUCCCAUUCUUUCCAUUUGAUGAAAAGUCUUACACAUGGCUGGGAAGCAGGGGUCCCUCCUCAAUUUUUCAGACAUUUUGAAAGAUAAUUCUGUUAAACAGAUGGGUAAGGUUCUUUAUUCACAAGCUGUGAAUCUCUCAUAAUGAGGGAUUUAAAAAUAUUUAUAAAGAUACUGCCCACUAAAAAUUUCCUCGGAUCUCCAAAGAGUGGUCUUGGUCCUGAAUACAGUGUUAUCCUAUAUUAAAAAGGUGAUCCAGAUAUGAGAAUCAACUAGUUGGUGCAUAAAGCAGCCCUACUUGGCUAUUUCAUAUCUACCUACAGUUGACCAAAAAAAAAAAAAAAAAUUAGGCCAGCAAUUAUUAUUUAGCUUUGCUCCUUCUAGUGCAAGAAACUGCAGGCUGGAUCAGUAGUUCAACAGCUAAACAGUCAUAAAAUAGUCAUUGUGCAUGUUAAAUUUCUUUCAAUGAUAAAACAAAUUCCAAUUUCUAUUUACUUAUUGUGACAGUAUUACUAAACAGGUAAGGAUGGGAAUAUUUUGUUAUACCGUGUAUAGUGAAUGUAUUGUACCGUGUCUGUGAAAACUGUGCUUUAAAUUAUAUUUUCGUAUGUUUUGCUGGGGACAGAGCACAUUGUUUGAAGGUGACAGAGGUUUUAGAACUGAAGGCAACUUAAUCAAAAUUCCUGUCAAGAAAAGCUGCUUAUAAAUGUAAAUGAAAUCACAUUAAAAUAAACUGCCUCUGACCCAAAA